CCUCCCGUAUAAGAGUAGAAGAGCGGCAUCGAUGCAGUCGUAAGCUCCCUGUCACUACUGUCUCUCUCCUCCAAAAAAUGCCACUAGCCUACCACCCUCCGUCCACUCUUCACUCUGAAAUACGAGCAAUGCACGACUGGAUCCACCUUGAGCGACCAUCCCAACGCCUCCGCUUCACCCUCGACCUCCUCUCCCUCGACAUACUGAAAGAAGGUCUCCGCUACCUCAGAACUCUAAUCGCAAACGGUAUUGCCAGAGAUAUUUCCCUCUACAGCAUAUGGCGAUCGAGGAUUCUGCCGUUGGAUGAGAGACAGCAAGGCUUUGCAUAUGCUGGGUGGUCAUGGCACCCGCCUCCACAGGAGUGUAUUGAGAAAUUAGACAGAGAGGCAGUGAUGACGUUCUUGAUUGUAGAUGUGACAGUCUACGAUAGUAUAAUGGACAGUGUCAGGAGAUGGGAGAGGGAAACUAGGCCAAGAGACGAUAUCUGGCAUUUUGAUCACGUAGAAGAAGUUUGGCGAAAUGAAGAGGGAGAGGAGAUGGAUAGUGUUUGGGAUGACUAUUGAUUGAUGGUUAUGCGAGAUAUCUAUUCCAGUCUUUCUGCUGAGACCCACAACUUCGGAACGUAAAGAGAUGGACGUUGAAAUGAGCAAACCAAGAACCCACCCUUUCAACCUUACUUCGCUCACUCCGUUGAAAUACUAAAAUAAAGCUGACUUAACCAUUCAGACAGUAACAUAGUAGACAAGACUGUAUUCACCCCCCUCUAAUCCCUCCGGC